UUUGUUCAUGUUGUAUCGCCAAAUAACUUUGGGGCUUAUGCAGCUGUUUCUGCUGCUGGGGGCGUCCUUCACUUUCCCGCGAAGUGAGCCUUGCGGCGAACACGAGGAGCGGGCCUGUUUGCCCUGCACCGAGCCCAAAUGUUCGCAUCCCUACAUCCAGGAGCCGUUCUGUGCGUUCUUUAAAAAAUGUUACUUAGGAUGCGGCUGUAAGUUUGGCUAUGUGCGCCACGAUUUCAACAAUCGAUGUAUUUCUGCCCUGGAGUGUCGCCGCCCAGUUCAUCAGUUGCCCAUUCCAUUUAUAUAAAGUGUCCUCUAUGGGACAAUUAAGUGGAGCUUUUAAUUAUAGGGAUAGCUUUUUAGGCAUUUAAGUUUAUAAACUUUGGUAACAGAGAGAUUUAUGCAUAUGUAAACUACAUUUUUGUCUUAACGUUGGCCUGUUCCUGUGUAUUUCGUGUUGAGAGUUAAGUUCCUAACUCUAAAUUUCGUUGGAUUAAAAUUAAUAAAAACCUGUUUGCACUAAAUAAGAAAUAAAUCAAAUUGUAGAGUCUCUAA